CAAUAAUGACUCUUUUUCCCCUCCCCCAGGAAUGGGUGAAUUUAAGGUCCAUCGAGUACGUUUCUUUAAUUAUGUUCCAUCAGGGAUCCGCUGUGUGGCUUACAAUAACCAGUCAAACAGAUUGGCUGUUUCUCGAACAGAUGGCACUGUGGAAAUUUAUAACUUGUCAGCAAACUACUUUCAGGAAAAAUUUUUUCCAGGUCAUGAAUCUCGGGCUACAGAAGCUCUGUGUUGGGCAAAAGGACAGCGACUCUUUAGUGCUGGACUCAAUGGAGAAAUUAUCGAGUAUGAUUUGCAGGCAUUAAACAUCAAGUAUGCCGUGGAUGCCUUUGGAGGACCCAUUUGGAGCAUGGCUAUCAGUCCCCAUGGUUCUCAGCUUUUGGUUGGCUGUGAAGAUGGAUCUGUGAAGCUAUUUCAAAUCACCCCAGACAAAAUCCAGUUUGAAAGAAAUUUUGAUCGGCAGAAAAGUCGCAUCCUGAGUCUCAGCUGGCAUCCCUCCGGUACCCACGUUGCAGCUGGCUCCAUAGACUACAUCAGUGUGUUUGAUGUCAAAUCAGGGAGUGCAGUUCAUAAGAUGCUGGUGGAUAGGCAGUAUAUGAGUGUGUCUAAGCGGAAGUGUAUCAUAUGGGGCGUGGCCUUCUUGUCUGAUGGCACGGUCAUAAGUGUGGACUCUGCUGGGAAGGUGCAGUUCUGGGACUCCGCUACUGGGACGCUUGUGAAGAACCAUCUCAUUGCCAGUGCCGACGUGCAGUCCAUUGCAGUGUCUGAUCAAGAAGACAGUUUCGUGGUGGGCACAGCCGAGGGGACAGUAUUCCAUUUUCAGCUGGUCUCUGUGACUUCCAACAGCAGUGAGAAGCAGUGGGUGCGGACAAAGCCAUUCCAGCAUCAUACACAUGACGUUCGAGCCGUGGCCCACAGCCCGACAGCACUGAUAUCUGGAGGCACUGACACCCAUUUAGUUAUCCGACCUCUCAUGGAGAAGGUGGAGGUUAAGAAUUAUGAUGCUGCUCUCAGAAAAAUCACUUUUCCCCAUCGACGUCUCAUUUCCUGUUCAAAAAAGAGGCAGCUUCUCCUUUUCCAGUUUGCUCAUCACUUGGAACUUUGGCGACUGGGAUCUACAGUUGCAACAGGAAAGAAUGGGGAUACCCUUCCACUUUCUAAAGAUGCAGAUCAUUUGCUGCACCUCAAAACAAAGGGUCCUGAGAACAUUAUUUGCAGCUGUAUCUCCCCUUGUGGAAGUUGGAUAGCCUAUUCUACAACUUCUCGGUUUUUUCUUUAUCGGUUGAAUUAUGAACAUGACAACAUAAGCCUCCAAAGGGUUUCCAAAAUGCCAGCGUUCCUUCGCUCUGCUCUUCAGAUUUUGUUUUCUGAAGAUUCAACAAAACUCUUUGUGGCAUCAAAUCAAGGGUCUCUACAUGUCAUUCGGCUAUUGGAAGGAAGCUUCAAGCACCUGCAUACUUUCCAGCCUCAGUCAGGUGGGAACUUGGUAACUGGCCAAGGAGGAGAGUUGUCAGUCUCUGAUGUAUCUUUUUUUUUCUUUACUUUUAAACCUCAUUCAUUGUUGGGGUUCCCUAAUGCUCUUCUCUACCCUGCAAAUACUCACAUGUUUGCACCUGCAUUUCUUGUGUACCAUAUCCUUUUUCAGGUAUUUGAGUACAGUAUCCCGGACAAGCAGUAUACAGAGUGGAGCCGGACCAUCCAGAAGCAGGGCUUUCAUUACCUUUGGCUCCAGAGGGAUACUCCCAUCACACACAUCAGUUUUCAUCCCAAGAGACCAAUGCACAUCCUUCUCCAUGAUGCAUACAUGUUCUGCAUCAUCGACAAGUCAUUGCCUCUUCCAAAUGACAAAACCUUACUCUACAAUCCACUUCCUCCCACGAACGAAUCAGAUGUUAUCAGGAGGCGUACCGCCCAUGCCUUUAAAAUUUCUAAGAUAUAUAAGCCUCUGCUCUUCAUGGAUCUUUUGGAUGAAAGAACACUGGUUGCAGUAGAACGGCCCCUGGAUGACAUCAUCGCUCAGCUUCCACCACCCAUCAAAAAGAAGAAAUUUGGGACCUAAAAUAGGGCACUGUCUGUGUCCUUCCUUGAACUGUCUGCCCUGUUUGUUUUCACAAAUCAUGAUAAUAAAACGAAAUUAUUCUUUAGGA